ACUUAGCAAAUAAUCACCUCUCUCAUUCUCUCUCCAUCUCUCCGGCACUGAUCGGAGAUGUCUCCGGUCAUCGGAAAAUCCAAUAAAAUCCGUCACGUCGUCAGAAUCAAACAGAUGCUACAACGUUGGCGCAUAAAGUCAUCAUCUCCGUCGCCGGCAUCAAUCAUAUUACCGCCGGACGUUCCAGCCGGACACGUGGCGAUCUACGUGGGGAGAAGUUGUAGGAGAUUUGUGGUGCGCGCGACGUACCUGAACCACCCCGUAUUUCACGGCGUUCUUGCUCAGGCGGCAGAAGAAUACGGGUUUCUUAAUCAAGGCCCAUUAGCUCUUCCAUGUGAUGAAUCAAUAUUUGAAGAGAUUAUCCGUUUUAUAUCCCGACCCGAAUCCGGUAACUUGACCCGUUUCCUUAAUCUUCAGGAACUUCAGAGAUGCUGCCACGUAGCAGAACUUGGGUUGAGUCUUGAUCCGUUGGUUGAAUCUCAGCCGUUGAUUCAUUUGCUUGAUAAUAAACCUAUUUGUUAACUAAGCUAGCUUUAAUUUGUUUUUAUAAUUAAUCAGUAAAUUAAACAUGUAUA